AUGGCGCAGCACAGGUUGCGGUGGAGGCGGCCAAGUCACCGUGGGAACGUAGCCGACUAUCCAAUCAGGUGUCCACCGACGCCGACUACUGUUCCGGCACAAAACGUUACCCCGGCCUCGGACACAAAUUUGUCGCGGCCGAUUGCCGGUUACAAGAACGUAGCCGACUAUCCAAUCAGGUGUCCACCGACGCCGACUACUGUUCCGGCACAAAACGUUACCCCGGCCUCGGACACAAAUUUGUCGCGGCCGAUUGCAGGUUACAAGAACGUAGCCGACUAUCCAAUCAGGUGUCCACCGACGCCGACUACUGUUCCGGCACAAAACGUUACCCCGGCCUCGGACACAAAUUUGUCGCGGCCGAUUGCCGGUUACAAGAACGUAGCCGAUCCUGGAUUCGUGUUCCCGCCGCCGCAGCCGACGACGCCGCGGGAAUUUUACGUGGGACCGGCAAUGUUUGUGGUAUGGAGACAGCAGGCCCCGAGCGUGGCCGGAUGUCCGCCGCCGCCUCCUGUACCGGAAUUCUACGUGGGCCCGGCGUGGUUUGAUGUGGACGGACCGCCGCCACUACCGUGUUGCGUGGCGGCAUCGAGGUUCACAUACCCGCCCCCACCGCUCCGCCGUUCCGGUCCCAGUGCUGCGGGAGUUCCCGCCACGGCCGGAAGUGCAUAA